AUGCGCGUGGCAAUGGCGUCCCAAUUUUCUUCGAUCGAACUGUCAGAAAGAGUCGAACUAAGUGAGCUGAAGAAAUCAUUCAAAAGAGAUGGAUACUUCAGACUGAAUUACUUUCUGACGCCAGAGGAGAUACAAAAUAUUAGAUCUCACCUUGAGGAAUACCAGGAGAAAAUUGUACCUACCAUUCCAAAUAGGUAUGCCUUCUAUGAAAAUAAGGCAGACGAGAGUACGUUGAUACGUCUAGAAAGAAUGCUAGGAUUCAGUGACUUCUUCAAAGAGUUGGCAGAAGGUGUUUUCAAAGAUAUAGCUGAGCUUUUGAUGGAAGAAAAAUGUGAAGUAAACAAUGUCUCAUAUUUUUGUAAGCCUCCGGGGGCAAAACCAACUCCGCCACAUCAGGAUGGUCAAUAUUUUAUGCAUUCAAAGGAUGCGUUUGUGACACAGGAAGAAACUCAAGAGGUCGGUCCCGGUACACUAUUGGGGCAUCAUCCACUGACAAUUCAUCUCGCCGGAGAGAACAGAAGCAAAAGAUGGCGCCCUGCUCUGUGUUACAGUAGUGAGCUACAUGUAUAUUAUAUUCUACUAUAUUCACCUAUAGUUUAA